AUCAUGGAUAUUUGUCCAAACCAGGCCAGCCAAAAACCCUCAAAAGGCAAAACCCCCCGACCGGGGUGAACGAAUCCAUCGCUAAUGUGCUGGAACUGAAGAUAUGAAGAGUAUGGAAAGAAGCACAGACCCAUCUCUGCGUUGAGAUUCUCUCUUUGAUCUACCAUGUUUGCUGCUAGACAGCUUCAACGCCAUUGCCUCAAGACCCUCACCUCCGUCAUUCAUUCAAACCCCUCCAAGUAUGCUCUCUCUCUCGUUGCUUCAGUUGAAUCUGAAAUUUUCGUGAAUUUCAGGAACGUUGCGUUAGUGAGAGGCUUCUCUCCAAAGAUUGUACCAGGCCAUGUGACUGAUUUGAGGGAAGAUGUUCGCUAUUCUCCCUCAAUCAAGGAGAAUUUCUCUGGCGCGUCGCGGGCAAUGUCGACGGCGGCUAGAGGGCGGAGCAUGCGGAGCAAGGUGGAGAGGAGGAUGCGCAAGGAGUCCGGUAAAACCCUGCGGGAGAUUCGCAGGGCCAAGAAAUUGAGGAAGAAGUUGAUGACUGAUGAGGAAAGGCUCAUUUACAACCUCAAAAGAGCAAAGAAGAAAGUGGCAUUGCUCCUACAGAAGCUAAAGAAAUAUGAGCUACCAGAGCUGCCUCCCCCACGACAUGAUCCCGAGCUAUUGACCCCUGAGCAGCUUCAGGCAUUUAAGAAGAUUGGCUUCAGAAAUAAAAAUUAUGUACCUGUCGGGGUGCGUGGAGUCUUUGGAGGAGUAGUGCAAAAUAUGCAUCUCCACUGGAAGUUCCAUGAAACUGUGCAAGUUUGUAGCGACAACUUCCCCAAGGAAAAAAUUAAGGAGAUGGCAACCAUGCUUGCAAGACUAAGUGGUGGUAUUGUGAUAAACAUACAUAAUGUGAAAACAAUUAUCAUGUUCCGAGGCAGAAACUAUCGCCAGCCAAAGAAUCUGAUACCUAUCAACACCCUUACAAAAAGGAAGGCAUUAUUCAAGGCCAGAUUUGAGCAAGCCCUAGAUUCUCAAAAGCUAAACAUUAAGAAAAUGGAACAGCAACUCCGGCGUAUGGGGGUAAACCCUGACGACCCAAUUGCAAUGGCCAGCAUCCAGAGAGUAGCUUCCACAUUCUUCAAUGCAAUUGAUAAGAAAGAUGGAAGCCCUUACGUCUUCCAUGGGGACAAACAGUCAGUACUAGAGCCUGAUGACAGCAUAAAACUGUCUGAACCUUCUGUCGACAGCGACCAGGAAGAGCUUGACAGAUACAUAGCUGAGAUAGAGGAUGCAGCAGAUAAAGAAUGGGCUGAAGAAGAAGCUGCAGAAAAAGAAGAACUUGGCAAAAUGAGGUAUUGGAACAGAGAAGAUUUUAAUGGGAGAUUCAGAGGAUCAGAAAUUCCUAGAGGUGAAGACUCUGAUGAAGAUGCUGGACGCAAAAGACAUUGGAAGGAUAUCCAUGGUGGACAGAGAGCUACUGAUAGUGAUGAUGAAGAUGGUGAUAGUUCGGAGGGGGAAAAUGAAUGGGAUUCCAAUGUUGUGGGAAAUGUGAGUGAUGUGGAAAGUGAUGAUGAUUCUGAUGGAAUUCAUGAUAAAUUUAAGUUAUCUGGCAUGGACAGGAGGCUGGAUAAGAGUGGCAGAUCUAAUGGAAGUUUCAAGCGAACAGUUGAAACUAAAUUUAGGGGAGAGAAAACUGAAGAAGAUUCUGGAUCAGAGGAUAUGUUAAGUGAUUUGGAAAAUGUAAUGUGGAAGUCGGACACCGAGGAAGAACAUGACCCAAGAGCUUCAAGAGUGAUGAGUUCUGAUUACAGGAGUGGCAGCAAGAUGAAGAAAAAUGAAGAGAAUGCUAUAGACUGGGUGAAUGAUCAUGACAGUGAUGCUGAUGAAUCUGAUGAAGUUCAUGGUGAGUUUAAGGUGUCUAAAAUAGAAAAUGGGAAGAAGGAUCGGAUUGGCAGAAUGAAUGAUAGUGAUGAGGGUUUGAUUAGAAAAGCUGAACCCAAGUUUAGGGGAAAAAUGACUCUAGUGCGUUCUGACUCCGAAGAUUUAUUUAGUGACCAAGAAAUUGCAAUGUGGGAAUCAGAUGCUGAGGAAAACUCAAAAAUAGGUAGAGCAGCAAGUUAUGAUUACAGUAGCAGCAGUGAAGAAGAGAAUGAUCACACUCAGGAGAAUGGGAACACGUGGAAUGAUAAAGAGCUGAAGACAGCAAGUUAUGAUUACAGUAGCAGCAGUGAAGAAGAGAAUGAAUACACUAAGGAGAAUGGGAACACAUGGAAUGAUAAAGAGCUGAAGACACCAAAACAGUUGGAUGAGAAUUGGGACAGCGAUUAGCUUGGUCAGCUCACUGCAGAGGAGUGUUCCCUUUGCAUUUGUCAGAUGUGGUGAUUUUCUCAAACCACUUUUUACAACAAACAAAGAUGAAAUUCUUGGGAAGAUUGUGCAAGUAGAGUGAAUUCAAUUGAGAGGAUUGUAGUCCUGCUCUACUUUGAAGAGAAAUGAAAUAAUUCUAUUCCAUGCUCCAUUGCCUGGCAUUUGGAAUGUAUACUUUUACUUGUCAUGGCAGUUGAAGUGCCUGUAAGAUGUAACCCUUUGAACAAAUAGGAAUGAUUUGGAUACUUUCUUUUUUGUUUUAAAAUUCUUUUUAAGGGGAAAAUUUAGAAAACCAA